AUAAGAAAAAGGAGUAUAUGGAAUUGGUUAUUAGAAAAAUGAAAGAGAGGAAUUUAUCAUUAACAGAUGCUAUAGAUAACAUCUUGGAUAAUGCAGAAAAUAAAGAAGAACGUUCUGCUAGGAUUGAAAUCUUAAUUCCUUUUA